CCAAAGGUACCUUUGCUUGAGCAAUCAUGGGCGUCCUGAAAAAAGUGCUAUCACAAGAACUGUUGAAUUCGUCGAGCUUUGCCCAGGAGGGCUCUCACGCCUGAGGGAAGACAGAGGAGUCCGAUUUAGUAAGCCCCUCAUUCGAAGUCACACGAAACAGCAAUUCUUUGUGUUUCAUUAUUCACCCACAUCCUGCCAGCUUGAUUCGGGCAAAGUCGACAUUAAACAUAGUGAAAGCUUUCUCAAAGAGCCGAGAUCACAUGGUCUGAGUUUUUUUCCUUGUGGAACUCCAGCCUCAGAUCGGGUGCAACUCUUAUGACUGACAUCUGCAUAAUACUCUACCCAUAACAAUACCUACUACCUAUUCAGUGAGGCAUACAUAAUCUAAAUACCAAAAUACUCCAUCAUCAUGGGCGAGCACGGAUUCUCUUGUGACAAGUGUCCAAGGACUUUCAAGCUUGAAGAGUUCUUCGAAAAGCAUAAGAAAGUUCACGAGCUGAAGAAACAACACGUGUGUGAGGUGUGUGGAUUCGUCUACGGCGCAGCCAAAGGCCUUGAAGGUCAUCUAAAAACUCACAGCGACGAGGAGAUCGUGGCAGCCUCCAGUAAGGGCUCGCCCAAGAGGGAUGAGGAAAACAAUCCACCCUACAGCAUGGAUUUUAGAUAUCUGCAACCUUUCGGGGUUCUCACCUCCGCAGGUCAGCCUAAGCCCCCCGCUCCCAGAAGUGAGAAGUCCAAUUCAACGGAGACAGAAGAUCUCAAGGUCUCGCCUCAUGGAGGAACAGGAUCAUAUGAAAUAUAUGAUUCGGUUCCAGAUAUGAAUGAUGUUACUCUAGUCAGCCAAAACGAUAACGGUUUCUUCUCGUGCUGCAUUUGCAAGAGAGAAUUCUCCGGACUCAACAGCUUGAAGAAACACUUGCCUAUCCACACCCGAAAGGUUCAGCAUGCUUGUGACAUUUGUGGACAUGUUUUUGGGAAGAAGGAGUACCUUUUGGAUCAUAUGAGGAAACACACUGGAGAGGUCAGUCCGAUCUGUGAAGUGUGCGACCAAACCUUCAACAAAACUCUUAAGCUCAAAGAGCACAUGAAGAUUCAUCGAAAUUUUCAUGCUGAUGGCACGGUCAAUACCGUGCUACCCUUUCGAUGCCACAUUUGUCGGGAGGUCUUUCAACAAGCCAAGGUCCUCAACAACCAUCUGACUUCAACCCAUGCCUCAGAAACCCUUUACAACUGUGACCUUUGCCAAGCUAGCUUUGGCGACGUCAGGAGUAAGAACCAUCACAUGUACAAUGUUCACCAAGUGGACAGUUUCAACCAGAAAUGCGUGUGGUGUCCCAUCUGUCACCACGGGUUCACCCGUCAAUACAACUUGAAGGUCCAUCUCUUGAGAGCCCACGGCAAAGAAUACUCGGAGAAUAACUUCACCAAAGCUGAAUGGGAAUCAAUCACCAAGCCCAGUGGACAAAGUGGAACCCCAUCGCCUAUGCCUCCCACCCAUGCUUCCUUGGAUGGUUUAUCCAAUAAAGAUAAGCAAGCAAUUCUCAUCCAACACGCCUCGAAUCCAAUUUUCAAGGCCAACUUGGAAAGGGUUGUGGCGAACGGAAGCAAACCUGUGACCCAUUAUUUUGACCAACUCAAAGGAACUCAGAUCUUUUCUUGUCAAACUUGUCAGGAGAAGUUCCACAGGAAGAGCGAUCUCUUUAUUCACUUGGAGCAUUCGCAUCAAUUGCCCGUUUUCAGUUGCACAAGCUGCGGCGAAAAGUUCAUGGACUUUGUCGAAUUGAGGGAUCACAUCACGACAGCUCACUUGGAUAGUGGGAAGCCCAUUCAGAUUCGAAAUGGAGACGAUCCGCCAAUGAUGACCAUCAAGCCCAUCAGCACAAAUGUGUCCAAUGGAAACAUUGUCAAACCCAAGAGGCGUCCUGGACCUGCAUCCAAAACUAAUGCUCCCAUUGAGAAUCGCAUGGUUUCCACUAAUCUGCCGAGUCACCUUGAAGCUGCUCUCGAAGAUAAUGACGGCAAUGGUUAUCCUUGCAAGGAUUGUGGAAAAGUCUUGCAGCACAAGCAAAGCUAUGUGUCUCAUAUGAGGGUCAUCCAUGGAAGUUAUUAUGGGGGUAACAAGUGGAAAGGAAGCUCCGUGGUGGAUAUGAUCUUGGAAGAAUCGGUCAAGAUGUCGCCCAAGAAACGUGUACCUAAAGGCAGCCCAGACGCUAAUGCCACCAUCUGCUCCGUUUGCGAGCAAGUGUUUCCUAAUCCUAGCAGUCUUCGCAAUCAUGUUGUCAACGUGCACAUAAAUGGCCAAAGCCACACUUGCGACCUGUGUGGCAAGGCCUUCUUGAGUCAAGAGAACUUGGAUGCUCAUACUCAGGCAAAGCAUCCCAAUCUCCACAAACGAUUGCAAUCUUUACGGGACGCCCUUGGACUUGCGGAAGACACCACUGCAAAACUUGACGGACAAUUACCCCGACUUACCCACUCUCUUUCUAAUUUGAGUCAAACUAGCUCAGAUAAGCAUAAGAAAGAGACUGAUGAGCUGAUCAAGCUCAAUGGCCUCCAAGCUCCACCGGAGGAGGACCACAUUCAAAUUGAGACUGACACGCUGCCACCACCUAUCAAAGAGGAAGUGGUGGUGCCUCAGCCUCUUGUGGUCCAGACUCCUCCACCAAUCCCUCCUCAACUCAAGCAGAUCCAAGAACCACUCAUCCCACCGCCAAGACUCUCAACACCCAAAAGUGAGAUCGAGGUGGGAGAGAUCCGGAUUCGUGAGGAAGAGGAGGAGGACGACGAGGAGGAUGAUAUUCGAUAUGAGCCCAUUACUGAGCCAUUUCUCUUUGAAAGAGAGAUCAUCCAUCCUUGUUACGUUGUCUUGCCAUUUGUCACAGAUCAAGACAUCGAAGUUUGCAUCCGGAAAUCUGCCAACGAUUUCUUUAAACACAAUGAAGAAGAUGACCGCGAAGAAGGUGAACUAACCAUCGAUGAAAGCCAUAUAGACGAAGACCAUCAAAACCAAGUCAAGAGGGAUGGGAGUCCAGUUUUAGAGUCACUUCUACAAAAAACCACCCCAUUGCCCCCCGCGCUCCUGAAUGAGUUCCUUCAAAAGAAAAAGGAAUCACUUAACGCAUACAAUGCGGAAGAUAUUAGCCUGGGUAUCCAAAACCCAGCCUUUUACCCCAACCUUGGGGACUUCAGUCUUCCGUUCUCGCUCUCUAGCUUGUGGAAGAAGAAGAUAGAUGUCAUCCAUCCGGAAACGAUCCGACAGUUGGAGAUGAUGGAGAAAAUAGAACAAAUCAAACAACUGAACGCUCCCAUGAGGGAAAACAUCAAUUCCUCCCACAACAAGCCGAAGCCUGCAAGUAAGAAACGCAAGCCCGAGCCUCCAGUCCAGGAUGAUAUGAUGCCAUUGGAUUUGAAGCAGCGAAAGCUGUCAGAUUCUGAUCAUGCUUCCAACGACUCUACGCCUGGAACCUCGACACAGGUCAGCGAAUACGAGGUCAAGAUCCAGAACGAUUACUGGCCCGUGGACUGCAUCAAGUGCAACGUUAGAUUGGACGGCUUGGAUAACUUCAACUUGCACAUGAAUGAUCACUGGAGCGAUGACAAAUGCUGUCCCGUGUGCGGGCUCCUCAUCAACAGCAAAAGAUUUAAUUUCAAGCAACAUCUCAAAAUUCACACUGGAGAGAAACCAUUCACUUGCAAUAUUUGCAACAGGAGCUUUAGACAAAAGGCUCACAUGAUCAAGCACAUCACCACUCACCGACAAAACUGAAUAUACUCUUGAAAAUUCUCCACGAAACACGCAUAAUACCAAUCGAUCACCAAUCAAGCCAUAUGCAACCACCUCAAAAAAAUGGUUUGUCAUCAUCAAUUGAUGUAAAAAAAGCGCAUAAUCUUAGAACACAUCUCCCCUAAUAAGUCACGUCUUUACUUUUGCCUGAAAUUGUAUUUAAUCUAUUUAUUUUUUGACCGUUUUUUAUACAUACAUAUUCUUUAUAUAUUUUUUGUGCCUUCUCUUCUUUGAGUUGUAUAACGAAUAAAAAAUACAAACAUCUUUACAAUUUU